AGCUGACAAAUGCAUUCGUUUUUGGAAGCCAAAGUUUGUUUAACGGCCACAGUCGCUCAAUUUAUAGCUUGAUUUAUUCAUAAAACGUAUUGUAAUUAUAAGCCUGACGAUAAAAGGAAAACACCACUGUAUUAUGGAUGCAGACAGUGAUCUCUCCGAGGGUGUUGGCUCAUUGCGUAUGUCACUGCGGGAACGACCACGCAAACAACAGUCUGAUCGCCGAUUGCGCGAACGAUCCGAAGAUCUUAAGUUCCUGGAGGAUUUCGAUCCUGAAAAAUCAAACCGCGAAAAGCGUAAGCUAAAACGAAAGCUGACUAAUCCUCGUUCCUCAGUUUACGAUGAAUAUGGCCAUUUGCGGCAUAAUGGUAUGGAUGUAUGCGACUGCUUGGCUGAAAACUGCCCCGGUUGCUGGUAUGAGUGUAAAAACUGUGGCUCAACACGAUGUGGCGUGCAGUGUCGCGUAAAUAGGAAACAAUUUGUCGACGAAAUAACAUUUGAUGGUAAAGAUGUCGUAAUUAAGAAUAAAUUUAUAAACUAAAAAAGAAACA